AUGGCUAGUGAUACGAAAUAUGUGACUCUUGUGUCCGGCGAUGGUUAUGAGUUCAAGAUUCUCCGCUCCGCAGCGUGUCUUUCCAAGACAAUCAAGAACUCGCUCGAUCCAACCUACGGCUUCAGGGAGAACGAGGAGAACCGUGUAGUGCUCAAAGACAUCAAUGGUGUUAUACUGGAGAAGAUCUGCGAGUAUCUUUACUACAACGAGAAGUACGCAGACUCAAAGGACGUUCCUGACCCAGACCUUCCACCGGAAUUGUGUCUUGAAUUGUUGAUCGCUGCUGAUUAUCUGGAUGGUGAGUUGGCUUCUUUUGGUUGAUUGGCUGUUGGGAAGAGACUUACGGUCGGGCAGUGUGAAAACACCCAAAGCAUAAGCAAAGCAUUCGGUUGCAAAACGACUGAAAAUGUAAUGUCAUUCUAUACAGCAUGGCACGUAUGAAUUAGUACGGCCGCACGGCAGGAGCUAUGGCGUUAGAUAUUUAUGGACACUCUUCAUUGACGGUCUUCGGUCUUGGAGAGAAGGGUCGUCUUCUUGAGCCACCUACUAUGUGAGCUCAGCGUAAGAAUCGGCGAUCUGCCUUCCUGAGAUGGACAAAUAUCUGGCGGUCUUGUUAGGUCUUACUACCUCGCAAUAUAGAUCCUGUGUGAGCUCGAAGCCACUGUUGGCUCAUACACGGUGGAGUCAUAGCCACAAUCGUAGUUACAGUAUUAUAAUUAUUAUUAC